GACAGCCAUCUUGUCCUGGCCGGGUUCGAGCCGAGGGGCGCGGGACGAUGAAGGGGUUCCCGGGGGCCGCGCGCUCCCUCUCGAAGAGAUUUUACUCACUUAAAGUAGCUCCUAAAGUUUCAUCCUCAGCAACUGCAGCAAAAGUGAAAUUAACUCCAGAGUCUCAGGAUCUUGAGAUCACAAAAUUACCAAAUGGCUUAGUUAUUGCAUCUCUGGAAAACUUUUCUCCAGCUUCAAGAAUUGGUGUGUUUAUUAAAACAGGCAGCAGAUAUGAAACCACCAGUAACCUGGGAACUGCUCACCUGCUUCGUCUUGCAUCUAAUUUGACUACUAAAGGAGCUUCCUCCUUCCGGAUCACUCGUGGCAUUGAAGCUGUUGGGGGCAGCCUGAGUGUGCACGCAACAAGAGAGCAAAUGGCUUACUCUGUUGAGUGUCUGCGAGACUAUGUUGAUACAGUAAUGGAAUAUCUCCUGAAUGUUACCACAGCACCAGAGUUCAGACCAUGGGAAGUAGCUGCUCUUCAGCCACAAUUAAAAGUUGAUAAAGCAAUUGCACGUCAGAAUCCUCAAGUUGGAGUGCUGGAAAACUUGCAUGCUGCAGCUUACAAAAAUGCUCUGGCAAACCCCUUGUAUUGUCCAGACUACAGAGUUGGAAAAAUUACUUCUGAGCAGCUUCACCAUUUUGUACAGAACAAUUUCACAAGUUCAAGAAUGGCUCUCGUAGGAAUAGGUAUAAAGCACUCUACCUUAAAGCAAGUUGCAGAGCAAUUCCUAAAUAUUCGGAGUGGAUCUGGUGCUCCUGGUGCAAAGGCUGUUUAUCGAGGGGGAGAAAUCAGGAAACAGACUGGUGAUAGCCUUGUCCAUGCUGCUAUUGUAGCAGAAGGAGCUGUUGUUGGGAGCCCAGAAGCAAAUGCCUUCAGUGUCCUUCAGUAUGUUCUAGGUGCUGGGCCCCUUGUCAAGAGGGGAAGCAGUGUUACCAGCAAAUUGGCCCAGGGUGUUGCUAAAGCAACCAGCCAGCCAUUUGAUGUCUCUGCAUUUAAUGUUAAUUACUCUGAUUCUGGGCUCUUUGGGAUUUAUACCAUAUCCCAGGCUCCAAAUGCUGGGGAGGUCAUUAAAGCUGCUUUGAACCAGGUAAAGGCAGUUGCUCAGGGCGGUGUCACUGAUGCUGAUGUCAAAACAGCAAAAAAUCAGCUGAAAGCCAACUAUUUGAUGUCAGUGGAGACCUCAAAAGGGUUGCUGAAUGAAAUUGGCUCUGAGUCCCUGGUUUCUGGCACACACACAUCCCCAUCUGCUGCUGCUCAGAAAAUCGACUCUGUAGCCACUGCUGAUGUUGUGAAUGCUGCAAAGAAGUUCCUCAGUGGGAAGAAAUCAAUGGCAGCUUCUGGGGAUUUGGGAAAUACUCCUUUUCUUGAUGAGUUAUAAAAACAAAUCUGGGAUGGGUUUGAUUCAAGAUGGACCUGAGGUCUAAGUCACCUAUGUUCUAAAUGAAUUACUACUAACUUGUUAUUUAUGAAUUCAGUUCUUCUCAGAAAGUUAAUCUGGAGUAAUUGUGGGCUCUCACUCAUCAAAUAAAGUGCUGAGUUCAUACAUUUUAUGUAGUUUUUUUCACUGAAAUGGUAUAUAAAAAGCUGAUAAAUCUGGCUGUGUACAGUGGAGGUAAAAACCACAGUGCAAAAACAAGAUGAGUUUUGGUCAAUGUAAAAAAAUAAAUAUGUAAAAAAUUAUCACCACAAUGAAGGCAAAUGCAGUAAUUACCACUGGUUAGCCAUAUAUUCUUGUAUAUUCAGGAAAAGUUCUUGAUAGAUUGUCUCUACUUUCCUCAUAUGAAUUAAGUAAAGAGACUUGCCUUCAAACAAAGCUUGCAGUUCCUACUUGUCUGGGACUAGAAGAGAUUUUGUUUCUCUAUGACUUCUCCACAAGUAGUGCUGGAAGAAGUCCUUGAGGGGAUUAGCCAUAUAUAGCUAAUACAUCAUUUGAAAUCUCAUAGGACAUCAAUUUUUUGAAGUCUAGGCAUAUAUUAAAAGAAAACAGAUACAUCAUAAGAAAUUUAGGGUUUGAAGAAGCCAAGUCUUGAGCUGUUCUGAAGCAAAGCUAAGACUUACAGACAGGAUGCACGUGAUACAGAAGGGCAGGAGGAAGAGGAAGGAGUCUCAAUAUGAAGGAGGUCAAACACCACUGGCUUGGAAUGUAGGAUUGCACAGUGCACCAGCAUCAUUGUGGAGUACAGCAUCACACUGUGCCUACUCAAGUGUCUGGCCUGUAUCAGAUAUUCAUCAAAUUUUGGAUCUUGCUGGUAACAUGAGUGAACUUGCAACACUGUAACUGUGAAGAUUUAUACUGAAAAGCAUCCAAGUCUAUUAUCAUCAUCACUACUGGGCCCAGUGUGUUUUCACUCACACUGGAAAUACACAGCAUGCUAGUACUUGAACAUGCAGUAAUUCCCAAGCCAUUUAGUUAGCUAAUUAUGGGAUCUUCAUUUUUUUUCAAAUGCUUGUUCUAAAGACAAGUUCUUCAAUUCUGAAGUCCUCUAGUAUCAAACAUUCUAUUGUUCAUUAUCCCUUGUAUACUCUUUCCUUUGGUCUUUCUCUUUGCUCAGUCAACAGAAAAGCAAGCUCUUCUAUUUCUGCUCUUUCAGCAUAGUAAAUGAUUUAUUUAAACAUAAAGGUUUAAUCUCUUGGAAAGCCCCUUGCUGUGUGAGCUUCCUUUCUGCUCUUCUAGCCUAAUUAUCUCAUUUUAAUACUUUUGUUCCUUCGCCUACCUCUGAGGUUUAUUUCUGUUAAAACUCUGUGCCUCGGGAAAACUUGGAACUGCCUUGUAACCCAUCUAGAUUAAUUCUACUACCUGUGUGGACCACCCUUAGCACUGAGAGCAAGAUAUUUCUAAAAGCUGUCUGCCAUGGCUCUCACAAAAAGUGCUCUUUUUUUUUUCCUGUUUAAUUUUAAAAGUCCUGAUCUUUAAUCACUGUUGGGAGUUCAAUUGAUUAAGAAACAAAUAAGCUUUGUACAGGAUUGUAGCAAGAGCUCCAUCUUGGUAUCAUCAGCUGAUUAUGUCUUGAUGUGUUUUUUAUACUAAUGUCCAUUACAAAUGGCCAUGGCCUUUGACUUCAGUGGUUUUAUUGCCAGCCAGAAUUUAUGCUCACAGAGGAGGCAGGAAAGGACCUUACAAGACAUUGUCAGGAGCAGCCAGAGGUUAAGCAGGAGGUGCCUGCAAGAGCUGAGGCAUUCCAGCAGAAAGCAGCCACUGAAGAUUUUUAUGGAGAUAAAACUCUUUCUUGCACCGUUGAAGGUGUUCUGAGGAGAUGCACAAAUCAUCCAGCCCUGUUUCUUCUUGCUGGCAUGGAGAAAGGACAGGCAUGCCUCCAUGCCAGUUUGGUGAGUCACUGUAGGAUUUUAAGACAUUAGUACCUCCCACUAGUUCUGUUAAUUUCUGCCUCCUCCUAAAGUCAGCAGAGUGGCACCGGCUCAUUCACACUACAAGCAGUAAUAGAACUGCUCUUUUUGGGUUCCUAUUUGAAACUUUUCAGAUUAUACUCAUAUUAAUCGGAUGAGGAAAAAAGUCCAUAAAGAUAAAAUCUAAUUCACUGCAAGAAAAGCUCCUAAGUAGUGCAUUUGUGCACCUUACUUUUCUCAAGCCCCAUGCUCUGUGCAUUGAUACUAAUGCCAAAAUAAGUGUGCUGCUUGUGUUAUUAUUAAGAGAUGGAGCUUCUACAAAAUACUACAUUUUAUGCAAAAUUUUACAGGUUUGGUCCUAAACAAGUUCAUCCUAAACAUGAAUUGAACAGAUUCAGCUGUUUGGUGUGGGUUUUUUUUUGCAUAUGGCAUGUGCUGAGUUAGAUCCAGGUGCUCCAGGAAGCAUGCUCGACUUGUUUCUUUUGGUUCCAAAAACUAAGAUCAGCUACAAAGGAACAAUGUUUGUUACAAGUCCCCAACCCGCUUUAUACCCUUCUGUACUUGCUGCAGUAAAUCAAACACAUCACAUGCUGUAAAUAAUUUUAUUCCUUGUAGCCUUUAUUGAAAGUGCUUUUGAUGCUUGCCUUCUUCAAAUUGUUGCAAAUAAAACUACUUAUUUUCA